CGGCGGUGGCCGGCGCCGAGGGGACACCGCGGAAAGAAGAUGAUGUGAAUGGGCUGUAAGAACCCGACGAGAUGGAGGAAGCCCUGCCUUGCUCUGAGGUGGAUGGAAAAAGUGUCCUCAGGGAUCUGGGGAUGGAGAUGCCCUGCAUGGAGAACAAUCCCACAGGAGACACAUCUGGAGCAGAGAAGGAUGCAGGAGAGGUGCCCUGUGCUGAGUGCAGCACAAAAGAAGAGGCUCCUUGUGACCCAGGAAUUGUCUUCACUGAGGGCAGCGUGGAAGGAGAGACGCUGGGCAGUGGCAGCGAUGGGGAAGGGGAAAUUCCUGGCAGUGGCAGUGACAGGGAAGGGGAGAUUGCUGUCACCGACAGCGAUGGGGAAGGGGAAAUGCCCUGUGAUGCAAAAGAAGAGGCGUCUUGCUCUGAGAGUGACGCAGAGGAAGUACCAGAUGCUGUAAUCCCUGCUGCUUCCAAGAAAAUAACUUCUAUUUCCUCUCCCUUACGGGCCAUCGUCCGCCUGCGCCGGCGCUACCGCGGGCUGAAGAAAAGCCGCCUGCAUUUAGAGCUGCCUCGGGAAAAGCCUGCAGAGUUUGUCCACACCAGGCUGCUUCAAAGGCAGCUGUCCCUGAACAGAACUUCCCUGUACAGCCCUUCCAUGUCCUUCUUUAAUCAGUCUGGCUUUGAGAGCUCCCAGUACUUCACCUUUGACACAUCUGUGGAACAUUACUCUCUGAAAAAGUGCAGGCGGAAAAAGAGCCGGAGGAAAUCCAGGAUGGUUCUGUACCCUGAUAAAACAAAAAAAUACCUCCCAGCAGAGGAGAAGAGCAAGGCAAAGCGCUGCCUCCUCUUGCUCAUUGCCAUUAUCUUCUUCCAGAUUCUCAAUGCAAUAGAGAACUUGGAUGAUAACCUCCAAAAAUACGACCUCGAUGCUUUGGAGAAAACCAUGCACCGGGAAGUCUUUGGGCAGAAGGUUGCUGUGGAAAGUAUUAUGGAAUUACUGAAAGAUUAUCUGGCUACCCACAUCCACAACAAGCCUCUGGUGAUCUCUCUGAAUGGCCCAACAGGGGUUGGGAAGAGCCACGUUGGCUGGGUGCUGGCCAAGCAUUUUCGCUCUGUCAUGGACAAUGACUUUGUGCUGCAAUACUUUGUGAUGCAUCACUGCCCCAGCGGGGUGGCUCCCCUCACGUGUGAAAUAGAUCUGUCUAAGAAGAUUUCUGACAUGGUUACCAGGGCUGAAAUAGAGGAAAAGACCCCAGUGUUUAUUGUGGAUGAGGUUGAGCUCAUGUCCCCCAUCCUGCUGGAAACUCUCAGCCGAUUCUUUGAGCCCAAUCAAACCAACGAGUUCCUCAAUGCCAUCUACAUUUUAAUAAGCAACCUGGGAGGUGCUGAAAUCACAAAGUUCGUUCUCCAGAAUGCAUCCACUGAGCUCCUGCAUCAGCAGCGGGGAGCUGAAGAGCUGCUGAGCAUCCUCCAGCCAGCCCUGGUCAGUGUCCACCCUCUGUGGAAGGCUGCAGACAUCAUCCCCUUUGUCCUGCUGGAGAAGUCUCACGUCAUCAACUGCUUCCUGGAGCAGAUGAGGAGGGAGGGGCUCUAUCCUGACCAGAAGCAUAUUGAAAAUUUGGCAAAUCAGCUCAGUUACUACACUACAGGGGAGAAGCAGUACUCCAGAAUGGGCUGCAAGCAGGUUGUGGCCAAAGUCAACCUCCUGUAGGGAUUUACUGCAGAGACCAAGCCCUGCUCUUGGGAUUUGCAAAGUUCUGUGCUCAUGAGGAGUGUGUUACAGCAGGCUGUGCUCAAGGUGUCCUUCCCCAGGCCUGCACUGGCUCUGCCCUGGUCCAGGCAGAGGGGUCACAGCCUGGACAACCUGGUCCCUGUUCUCCUCCAGAGACUUCACUUUUCCCUCAUGUUCUGUGAAAAAGGAAGGACAAGGAAGUGGAGCCACCUCCCAAAGACUGCAAGAUGCUUCAUUCCUCACAUUCUCAUUUGGGAUUCUUGUCAUUAAGGAGCUUUGAGGUGCAAAAGCUGCAGGAUAUAAAUAAGAUGAAACAAUCCCUGAGUCACUGGCCCUGCAGAAUAUGUCACCUCAUGUAUUUCACUCUCUCCAGGCUCACAACUCUUUGCUCUUCUUGGUCCUGGCUGGUGUGUGCAGGGCAGGGCUGGACACCUGGCACUGGGGCAGUUUGUGGCUCCUGUCCCCCCAAAUGUGCAGGCCUGCCUUCCCCAGCUCCUACGUGACCACAUCCUCUGCAGAACACUUUUUGGACCUGUUGCUCUUCUGAGCUCAUUCCUGAGCUCACCUUUGGCACCUGCAGUGAGAUUUCUGCCCUGCAGGUGUGUUUGGGCUCGCCUCAAAGACUGCUCAUCUGUGCCAGAUGGUGCAGAAAUAACCUCUGGAUUGUUUCAGGUCUGGUGGUGACACCUCAUUCUCAGAGCUCUUCUGCUUUUUCCUUCUGGGGACUCGUCGUGGUCAGUCAUUAUCUAGAAACCCCAAGCAGCAAUUGAUGGAUCUUGAGCAACACACACUGGAAAAGACAAUUUGGGCUGAUGGAGUGGGAACCCUGGGCUUGUUCCCCGUCCUGAGAGGCCAAGAAGAGGCUCUUGGCCACUGAGCCCCAGGUGAGAUGAGGCCUGGGAGCAGCUUGGGAAGAGCACACAGCCAUGUUUUGAGCAAAACUGAGCAGGUAUUUAUGGCAUUGUUUUCUCAGGUUGUGGUUUUGUACAAGAUUUCUACAGCUUGCUGUGAAUUCCCAGACAAGAAACCCUGUGGAUGUUUGCACUGGGGUUUUGAUUCACCUCUUUCUAAUUGUUGGUCUCCAAAGACUCUGUCACAUACUCCAGCUUCCAGAGCUAUUGUCAGGAAUAAACCCAAACUACCCCGAAUAAAAGAAUUGAAAGUACA